CAACCACAACAGCGUUCCCUCAACCAAGAGCAAAACCUUCAAGACACCACCAUUGCCAACCAGCUACUGCACCUUUGAGGCUGAUCGCAGCCCUUCAAAAACGCAGGAAGACUUGCACACACACCAGCAGCAACAACAGCGAAACACACAACGACAGUCCGUCAGCGAAGACCACCUCGCAACACAGCACUUCCAUGGGGUUCCUCUCCUGCCUUGGGUUGGGCAGGCGGGCCGCACCUCGUCGUCGUCCUGUCUCUCGAGACAACGACGCGGCUGCACCGGGCACACCCGCCGGAAGCCCUCCGGCCACCGCGAAUCAGUGGACCGAGUACCGGGAUGCCGCGGGCCGUCCCUGGUGGCGAAGCACCCUCACAGGAAUGUGGACCAACAUCAAGCCGCACGGCAACAACAACAAUCACAACAUGGUCUUCCCCUUCGUGCAGCCGCCGCAGCAGCAGGUCUGGCCGGUGGGUCCCAUCCCCGGCCGCUUCCCCCAGCCGCCUCCCUGGGUCGUCCCGGCGGGUCCGGUGGUUGUGGUCCCGGUAACGCCGGCGUCGCCGAAAAAGAAGGAGGAGGCAAAGGACGACAAGAAGGGACGCUGGGAGGAGUUCAUCUCAGACGAGGAUGGGAAGAAGUUCUGGAGGCACACGGGGACGGAGAAGAUUAGGAACUCCGACCCCUUCACCUGAGUGUAUCCGCCAGGCCGGGGGGG